UUCAUUUUCUGACAUUCCGUCUCUGGGAUGCGCUCGGCUUCGAGGAAAACGAAACUAGAACCGGUCAUAGUUGUCUUGGAGUGUCCUUUACCCACAAAUGUAGUCACUGAACUCUUUCCGGCUGAUAAUAUUAACAACUUAUUCCGGUCUAAAGCGUCUAAAAGUUUGUCCAGGCUAGCCGACAGUCCAACAGUCCGGGUUAGGUCAGCUAGCGUUAGCCGCUAGUCCCCGCUAGCAUGGACGGUGGCGGAAGCAUGAGAAGUAAUGAGGAGAGGGUCGCCGAGAAACAGAUGGAUGAUUACCUGAAAACAAUAGGUCUGCAUCGGAAGAAGAUAGCCAAAGAUGGGUCGUGCUUGUUUCGGGCCGUGGCUGAGCAGGUGCUGUAUUGCCAAAGUUAUCACACUGAGGUUCGAGCACAAUGUGUGGAGUUCCUGAAGAAAAACAGAGACAGCUAUGAAGCGUUUAUCGAAGGAGACUUUGAGGAUUACCUCUGCAAGCUUCAGGACCAACAGCAAUGGGUUGGAGAGGUGGAGAUCAAUGCACUGGCUGUCAUGUACAAGAGAGAUUUUCUUAUCUACCAGGAACCCAACAAACCGGCUGUCCACAUCACAGACAAUAACUUCAAGGACAAGGUGCGGUUGUGUUUUUUGAACGGGAAUCACUACGACAGUGUCUAUCCCAGCCACAUGAAGGGCGCCGCUGUCUGCCAGUCCAUCCUGUACGAGCUGCUGUACACUAAUGUGUUCAAGGUGGAUCGAAGUGUACUGGCUGGGUAUCAGCGGACUGGCCGACACUUUGAGGUGCUGAGUGAUGACAGCAUGGCCGCCUGUAUCAGCAGUGACGAGUCCGAUGUGGACUCGACUGAGACGCAGAGAUUGGACAAUGGGACAAGCACUACUACAACAAAGAGCAGGGGCCGGGGGCGUGGCCGUCAUCUGUCCGACAGGGUGAGACGGUCUCUGAACCCGACUCUGUUCAGAAACAUAGAGUUUGACGUCUGGCAGAGGUCUAAGAAAGCCCAGCAGAAGCUGGAUUUCUGCAUUGCUGCUGGGAUGCAGUACGCAGUAGGAGACCGCUGUCAGGUUCGUCUUGAGGGCAGGACUUACAAUGCAACUAUCAAGGAGGUGCCACCAAACAACAGCGCAGUGACAGUUUAUGUAGAAGAACUGGGCAGGAGACAGGUGCCUUUGUGGAGUUUACGUCCUGUGAAUGAAGACGGCAGCUGGAGCUUCGUGAACAGAGACAAGAGACUCGGCAACGGGCAUGGAGAAUGGGAGCAGAGGGGUCGAGGUCGAGGUAGGGGGAGGUCCACAGCAACAUCCUCUGCUGUUGCCCAGGCAACCGCUUCAUCACCCGGUGGGCGUGUGUUGAAGCAGCACUCGUGGCCCCCACAGGCCACCGCAGAGGAGCCAGGAGGGUCCAGAAGCAGCAGGAAGUCUUUGAGCACGGCCGAUCCGCCACCAUUUGGUCUGACUGAGGAGGAACGUUUGGCCAAAGAGGAGGAGAGGAACGUAGCGUUGGUGGAGAUUCAGCUGAGAGACGAACACAGCUUCCCUGCACUCAGUGUGAGCGCCUGUGACCCACAUGAAGGAGGGAAAAAGAAAGGUGGAGAGAAGAAAAGAUCCCAGCAAAGUGUUAAACGUCCUGUUGAAGAUCUCAAAGCACCAUCGCCCCAUGCUGGAGAACAGCCCAAAUCAGUCAGCCCACCACUAACAGCUCCUCCAAAAGCCCCACCCAGUGCCCCUCCCUUCUGCACCUUGUGUAAACCGGACUCCAGACACUGGACUGAAUGUGGCUUCCACCGUGCUGCUGACACUACUGUUGUUUCCAGCCUCCCUGCAGGCUCCUCCUCCUCCCCUCCCAUCUCUUCUUCACCUAAACCUCCCACUGCCCCCUCCUCUGCCUUUCUUCUUCCCACAUCCUCCCCCUCUCUGGUGGUUUCACCUCCCACCUUCAUCGCUCCCAUCGCUCCGUCCCCUGUCGCUGCUCAGGGCUUCGUCCUCUCCGUGUCUCCCCCAACUCACCCCACUCACCCACUCACCCAGCCCACCUGUGUCCUAGCCCUCAUCUCCUCCUCUUCCUCCUCUCUUAUCCGUCAUGCUUGUCAAGUUGAUGAGGCUCCACCACCUCCAAUUGUUUGCCAAACCCUGGAGCAGUUCUCACCACAUCUCAGUCUGCCCAAAAGGAGGUUCCUCAGUCCCAGAACCAAACCAGAUUUCAGGGUCACAGAUGCAGAACCAGAUUUCAGGGUCACAGAUGCAGAACCAGAACCAGAUUUCAGGGUCACAGAUGCAGAACCAGAUUUCAGGAUCACAGAUGCAGAACCAGAACCAGAUUUCAGGGUCACAGAUGCAGAACCAGAUUUCAGGGUCACAGAUGCAGAACCAGAUUUCAGUGCCCCAGAUGCAGAACCAGAUUUCGGUGCCCCAAAUGCAGAACCAAAGCCAGGCUGCUGUGCCUCACAUCCAGUCCUCUCAUCAGAGUCCAAUGCCUUCUUCCCCCCCCAGACCUCAGAUCAGCUCCAUCCUCACCCUCCUCACCCCUCUCAGGUCCCUCUUCCCUCCCAGUCCCUAUCCUCUGUUACCAUCCCCUCUCUCCCCACUCAGACCCCUACCACUGACAAACAGAGGCUCCUCCCUUCCAGUUCCCCCGGGGUCCCCAGCUCACCCAGUCGUCCCUCCCCCUCUCACCCCCCUCAGUUCCAGCCUGUCCCUGGGACUGUCCCUCUGCAGCAGCUGUCCCAGCUCUACCUGGACCCCCUGUAUCCUGGCUUCCCCCAGAAGGACAAUGGCGAGCCGGCUCUUCCUCCUCCUUAUUCCACCAACAAGUCAGGAGACGACCUGCCACAAGAUGUCAGCAUCUUGAGAUUCUUCUUCAACCUGGGUGUCAAGGCCUACUCCAUGCCCAUGUUCUACCCCUAUGUUUACCUGUUCCCCCUUCAACAUGCCUACAAUGUGCAGCCCAAGCCCCCUCCCGCUCCCCUCUCCCACCCCCCUCUGCCAUCCUUCCGGUGCCCCCCAGGGCAUCACGAGCCUUAUCCCUCUGUGUCGCGUCAGUUCGAUCGCAGCUCUCCACAAGCCCCCCCAGCUGAACGGCCCCCCCCACAGAAGGAGCGUACACCAGGGUGGAUACCCCCCCUCUCUCAGCCCCCCUCAUGCACUCUGCCCUGCCCACCACCAUUAUGGCAUCAGCCUCACAUGCAAACGCACAGAAACCCCAGUUACCCUGUGGUGUACCCGAGCCCACAGCUGUUGUCAUACCCCACACCACCUACAUCUCAGUGCUACCCCCCAGUCUGA